AUGGGAGGUUGCUGUUGUUCUUCAAGGAAACCUCAUUUACACGGAACGCCUGUGUAUUACUAUUGUCCACCAGCUCUGGAAGAGCAUGAGUCCUUAACAUCUCACAAUGGCGCAGCCUCUGCAUUCACUGCAGGUCUCCUGGUCGAAUUGAAUUUGAAUACAUCAACGCCUGAUACUUUCCGGCCCCCUCCUGCACCUCUGCCAUAUGAUGUGGUUUUGGGAUGUCCAGAGUCACCGGAUUCUGAAUCUGUUAGAGAAACAAUUAGUCGCAGCAGUUUUGGAACUUUGGCAACAUGCGAAGAUCUUGAUGAAUUGGACUGCAAAACCCGAGCCAGUUCAUUGCUCAUCUCCCCAAGGAAGUCAGAAGUGACAAAAUUAGAUGAACCUGUUGCAUCAGCAACAGAAGAAGAAGAUGCUUGUCCUAUAUGUCUUGAAGAAUAUGACUUGGAGAAUCCAAAACACAUCACAAAAUGCGAACAUCAUUUUCACCUUUCCUGCAUUCUAGAGUGGACAGAAAGGAGUGACACCUGCCCCAUAUGUGACCAGGAAGUAAUAUUUGACCACACCUUCAAUUAG